GUAUAAUAUGCCAAUGACUGAACUGAAUGAGUGGUGGAUCCUACUGUCCGAUUUAGAACUUGUUUUUGUGUGUCUGGAACUUCAACCACUCUCCAUCCUUCAUGGAGGAAAUCAGCCCAAUUAAGGACGGAGCUAGCAGACUCGACAACCAAGACGAAGCAGGGGAGACCCACGAUGAACAGGAGGAAGCGAUCGAGGAGAUUGAGGAACAUCAAAUAUCCAAGAGAGAGCUGAAGAGGAGGAUUAAGAACGUAGAUUGGAAAGAGAAGAGGAUGGCUAAGAGGUUAAAAGAGCGGGAACGAAGGAGGCAGAAAAAACAACAAAAGAGCGCAGAGUCGGCAUCGGAUGCAGCUUUGGAAUUGACGGAGGAUGGUGGCGCUGUUAUUAAGAAGCGUCGCAUGAAGGACCCGGAGGCCAGUGACAUCAGAGUCGCUAUCGAUUGCACAUUUGAUGACCUCAUGAAUGACCUGGAUAUGAAGAAGCUCUGCAAGCAGCUGCAGAGAUGUUACGCCGAGAAUCGCAACGUCAACAACAAACCAGUGCAGUUCUACAUCUGCGGCCUCGCGGGACGAUUCCAAGAGAUCAGUGAUCACGUCAUCAAUGGCUACAAGAGCUGGGAUGUCCAUUGGAGAACGGACGGCCCAGAGGCGGCUUUUGGAAAGCAGAACAUCGUCUACCUCGCUGCGGAAUCUCCAAACAUUCUGACUGAACUCCGACCUGAUCGAGUGUACAUCAUUGGUGGACUGGUUGACCAUAACCAUCACAAGAAUCAUUGUUAUUCCCUCGCCGUGGAGCGCGGUUGGUCUCAUGCUCAGCUCCCGAUCAGCGAGUACGUCAAGCUGAGAGACAGAAAAGUGCUGGUCAUCAAUCAUGUUUUUGAGAUCCUUCUUGCCUUUAUCAAAACCAACGACUGGAAGGAAGCAUUCUUAAAAGUUCUACCCCAGCGGAAGGUAGCCGCUUUCAAAGACCUAUCUGGAGCAGUCGAUGGAGAGGUCGAAGGUCACGAGACAGCCGAGCCCAAAGGAGAAAAUUUGGACAAAUUGAGUCAUGAUGACAAAGAGGCUGUUCUCAAGAACCAAUCAGAAGUGGCUAAUGAGGAGGUCAGAGUGCAAAGGUCAAGUGGUAUUAACUUUGAGGAGAUGGUUGAUGCCUCGGAGAAUCAAUCAGAAGGGGCCAGUGAGGAGGUCAGAGGGCAAAGGUCGGAUGAAAACAGAGAUGAACAAUCAGAAGAUUUGUCAAAUAGUGAGCAGGUUGCAUGGACGAAAAUAACGACAGGGGAAGACGGUUCAUGUAAAGGUACAGACAAUACUUCCAAUAGGUAAUUAAGAUUAUUUUUGACUGGCUAUGUAACGCAGUAACGGGUUGGUCGGUCAACUAUUUCCUGCUAUGAUCAUAGUUAUUCUGUGCUAAGAAGAUCUUACAGGGGACCUGUUACAAACAGUUCACAUGAAUGUGGCAUUUUGGAUGGUAAUCAGAUGUUGCCAAAUACUUUGCUAUAUGGGUCUGUGGGAUUGUGUUUUUCUCCCGGUUGUGGCCAAGAAUUGUUUUGGUUGAAAUAGCAAAUAACCAAAACCAUGAUUGGUUACAGCUGCCAAAACGCAUCAAUAAACUUAGUAUCAACCAUAGAGUUAUAUAUAAGAACUAGAGGGCGCACUGGCCUAAUACGUGACCUGGCAUGCGAGCAGGCGGCCAUUUUCUAAGUUACAAACACAGGCAUCGCAAUUAAUUGUUGUCUUGAAAAUUAAAAUUGUUUAUUUAAA